AUGCCAAAGAAGAAGGCAAAUGGCAAAUCGCCGCGAGGAAGAGCGGGAGCAAAGCAGAAAGCACAGCGCGGCGCAUCGGGCGGAGGAUGGAUGCAGAGUCUGGCACACAUGAGCAAAUCCAUGGCAGACGACGACUACGAUGACGACACGCACAAGAAUUUCAGAGGCUUCGCCCAGAAAAACGCCUUCGACUCCUCCCCUCGCAAUCCCUCCUUGAAGCUACGGCAUCAGGUCAUCACCUUUGUCAGCGCCGGUUCCAAUACGCCCGUCGACACCGACGUCGAAGCCAAGCCGGAGCUGAGGGAGAGUGACGUGCUCUUGUCAGUUGCCAGGAGUGACGAGGAAUCUGAAGACGAGGAGGACGUUGCAGAAGAGCUUGACGACGCCAAUCUCCAAACCAACAUCAUCACAGACACGCAAUUCCAGGUGUCUCGCCUGAGCAUACGAGGGGACAGCAGAGGGGACGCUCACGACACGAGCAUGGAUGUUGAAGUCAUGAAAUCAGGUGAGUAUGUGCGGCCUUCUUCCCCACCUGCCCUGCCCUUUGUCGUAGAUACUGUGGGGGAUGGGAAUCUUGGACGUGGCUAUGAGCGCGGUGGGCAACACUCCGCACCGCGAGCCGCCUCUCCUGCACCGUCCAACUCGAGCGAGGAGGUGGUCUUGUUUCAUGGUCGCAACCGGCCCAACGUCAUCGACGACCCCGUGGGUGCGCCAUCGAGCGGGCCGAAGGCAACACAUCCUGUCCAUAACAGUACUCCAGCCCCAUACUCGCCCGACAUCCCGGCGUUUCAGGAGUCAACGAUGCCAAUGGCCAAAGGCUCGGCAGAUCCUCGAGUACAAAAGGUCGAACCCGAGGUCAUCUGGGCUCCCGCUCCCGCUGGGGCAUGGUGGAGGAAAAAGGACAAGCAGAGAGCUGAUGGAAACUCUUCCCAUCCCGACGUUUCCGAUGACGCGACGCCAAACGAACACAAUGUCGCCUAUGCUCUGGCACAACUCGAUGGUGAGAAGGUGGGCACGAGCAACAUUGGCAAGGCGGAGUUGAAGAUGAUUCAGCGGCUGGCCAAGAUCACUCGGGUGCAAGCCAAAGAUGACGCAUCGCCGCCUACGAAGCCGAAGAAGGUGGAGAAGAUGAAGACGAGGCUGCAGAACAUCGCACUGUUGGAGUCUCAGAUGUCAAAGGAGCAUGUUCGCCUGGCACGACUCAUGGGAGAAGGGGAGGCUGUUCGACUUGAGAAGGCUGCGGGGCAGCGGAUGCAAGAGAAGUGGGAUGGUCGCGCCGGUCCAUCAGCAUUUCGAUCAACAACUGAAUCCGACGAUGCCGAAGACGUCAUCACAUCCCUCCAGGCCGACUGGAAGGCGUUUAUCCGUGAGAAGCAUCCUACGAAGCCGAACCCCCGCAGGAAACGAGGGAAACGCAAGGAAUCCAAAUCGAACCGAGACAUCAUCGACUCUGGGGAAGAUGCCGAUGACAUUGAAGAGUCUGCGUAUGACGACUACAUGGCCAACCUUGCUGCUCAGCUCGACGAGACCGACGGUGAUGGCAACGUGGCAAUACCGGCAAUCAAUGUGAUGGGCCCAUCACUCGUUGUCGACGGUAAAGAGGUCGCUGAUGACGAGAUCUUGCGCAAUGGACAUUCAAGUGAAGAGCCGGACUACAUCCUCGGCAUGAUCGGCAGUGAUGAUGGAUCUUCGGACACAAGCGGGCCCAUCGGCCAAGAUCUCAGCGACAUGUCCGAGUAUGACUCUUCCGAGCUGGAGGAGCGACUGGAGUACACCGAGCAGGAGCAAUGGGAAGACGAAGAGGACCUUCGCCAGCGUCGCCGGGACCGCAUGACGGAUGAGCAGCUCGCUCGGCUGUUUGCCAAGCAGGAGGAAUUGGGGAUUCAUGGCGAUGAUAUCGUUAUCGAGAACGGAGAGUAUGGGGAGCUAUCAGAUGCUAUGGAUGGCGUUGGCGACAUCACAGCUGCGCGUGCGGGCCUUGCAGAAAUGGCAGGACUCGGGUUCGCAGGAGCCUCGAAAUCCAACGGCAGUCGUCGUCGUAGCGGUCGAGGCAACGACACGUUCCCCGACGCCUCUGCUCUCGCCGACACUGUCGAACAAUACGGCGAACACGGCUUCGACAUCAUGGACUUUGAUAGGCCGUCUCUCCGACCCACUAAGAAAGGGAGGAAAGGACGUCCGCCGCCUGAACUCGAAGCUCUCUCUGACGACGAGCUCCGAGAGACCAUGAUGUCCACAUGGGACAACGAUCGCGCGAAGAAGCGUCUUAAGAAGGCGGAGCGCGAAGAUCUACGCAUGCAAGGACUCCUCGGUUCCGCAGGCAAGAGCGGCAAGGCCGACUUGAGCCAGAAGUAUCCCCUCGGCAUCUCCACCCGACAGAUCCACGAGGAGCUGCGCAUCUUCCUCCAGGACGACGGCCAGACCUCUCGCGCCUUGCCUCCGAUGCAUAAGACGGAUCGGAAGGACCUGCACGAGAUCGCCGUCGUUCUCAGCCUCAAGUCCAAAUCGGUGGGAUCCGGUAAGAACAGAUCCCCGGUGUUGUACAAGACCAGUCGCACGCCUGCAUUCGACCCUCUGGCUUUCAACAGGGCUGUCAGAGCCUCUGCGAACGGCUGGCUCGACAACGAUCGCAGGUAUGGCGGCAAGGGCUCGAAGAAGCCGGCGAAGGUUCCGAAGGGCUUUGGUGGUGGUGGUGGUGGUGGUGGGGCAGCUGGCGCGGCGAGUGUACGCACGGGCGAAGUGGUGGGUGCAGGCGCGGCGGAGAUUGGAAAGGAGAAUUUUGGCCAUCGGCUCAUGGAGAAAAUGGGCUGGAGCAAGGGGAUGGCAUUGGGAAAGGAGGGAGAGGGGCGCUUGAUGCCUGUGGAGCAGAUCAUGCGAGCCGGACGUGCUGGGCUGGGCUGA